ACUUAGCAGGAGAGAAUACAAGGGCAAUCACCCCAGCACCUGGACCCAUUUAGGUUAAGUAGAUUUACUGAGGCUCCAGAGGAAGGUUUUCAGGACUCAGACCUUAGUUACAGAUUAAAAGAAGUUAAUCACUUAUGUCUUUAGAUAAAUGCACACUUACACGUAGACAGUUCGCUUAGAAGGUAGAUAAGCUCUGAAAAACUGUAAUUUUGAGUUGGUCUGGCGAUAAUUUCCAGGCCUUCUCCCUGCAACCGGUUACAGAAAUAAAAACUCUCUUCCUCCCCAGCUCAUCUGCAUCUCGUUAUUGGGCCUUGAAAAAUAGCAGCCCAACCCUCAGUUUGGUCUGGGAACAGACGGUUGUAGGGAGAGUAGCCUUUGAUCCUUUGCUACUGGGGAGUGGGGAGAUGGGGUUUUUCCUUCUGGUUUAGCUUUAGGAAGUUGGUGUUAAUUGGCCCUAGGCUCUCGGCCCCCAGACCCAGGUGUUUUCCUUUUGAUCCAGCUUUGGGAAGCCAGCACCAGUUGGUCUCAGAUUCCCUACUUCCAGCCCUUGCUGUUUUUCCUUGAUUGAGCUUUAGGAAGUCAGCGCGAAGUGGCCUUAAGUACCCUGCCUCCAAACCCUACUCUGCCUCAUUUUGGCAGAGUACUUUUAUAUGUCUUGGAUCUAAUAAUAAAAUAUCGGGGCUUGUGUUUUGUAUGCCUUUUGCUUUUCUUUUUCUAGCACUUUAUUUUUUUUUGUAUUUUCUAAAAGCACCCAUCUGGGAUGGCUUGGAGACAAAAACAGGUCCUUUAGCACAGUUUGAGAUGCACUGAUACAGAAGGUUACAGCACAUUCUCAGUACUUCGGGAAAUGAAGUUCUGAGAUUCUGAUUCCACGCCACAUUCCAAGUUUUGCAUACUGGUAAGUUACGUCUGAUUCUACAUAAAGUUCUUAAUAAAACCAGUGCUCAUUUUCUCAGAUAAGUUUCUUUAGAAGAGGAGGUCUGGGAUCAAAAGUUGGGCUGUGAAGUGGCACAAUGCCUGGAUCUGUACAUCCAAAAAGGAGUGGAAAAUUAGAUAAUAAUCGCCCAACUUUGGCUCCUAGACCCAAACCUUUUCUCUAAAAUGGGCACUGGUGCAAAUACCGUGAGGCCUUCCUGCAAUGAAGUGCCAAUCUCAGGCGCCAGGGCACAGACCCAGUGCGUGUCACAGAUCCUGUCCUGAGUGCCAGGCCGGGUGACGCCCCCACCAGGAUUAAAGAUCAGGCGCCCGCUGAGCCCUAGGAAUCAGUGACAGACACCUGCGCCGAGGCGGAGCGAGAAAAGCCUGGAAUGGCUCCGGGCUUUGCGUCACGCAGCUCCGCCUCUCGGCCUAUCUCACCCGACGCCGUCUCCGAGGGCAGGGAACGGUUGGCGGACUCAGAUUGGAGGGAUCAGCUCAGACUCGAUGACGCCACGGGAGGCGGGGCGUGGCCGUACUCUGAUUGGUGACGGGUGAGGCGGCCCGAAAUCGUAGGACUUCCGAAAGCAGCGGCGGCGUUUGCUUCACUGCCUGGAAGUGUGAGUGCGCGAAGAUGCGAAAGGUGGUUUUGAUCACCGGGGCUAGCAGUGGCAUUGGCCUGGCCCUCUGCAAGCGGCUGCUGGCGGAAGAUGAUGAGCUUCAUCUGUGUUUGGCGUGCAGGAACAUGAGCAAGGCAGAAGCUGUCUGUGCUGCUCUGCUGGCCUCUCACCCCACUGCCGAGGUCACCAUUGUCCAGGUGGAUGUCAGCAACCUGCAGUCGGUCUUCCAGGCCUCCAAGGAACUUAAGCAAAGGUUUCAGAGAUUAGACUGUAUAUAUCUAAAUGCUGGGAUCAUGCCUAAUCCACAACUAAAUAUCAAAGCACUUUUCUUUGGCCUCUUUUCAAGAAAAGUGAUUCAUAUGUUCUCCACAGCUGAAGGCCUGCUGACCCAGGGUGAUAAGAUCACUGCUGAUGGACUUCAGGAGGUGUUUGAGACCAAUGUCUUUGGCCAUUUUAUCCUGAUUCGGGAACUGGAGCCUCUCCUCUGUCACAGUGACAAUCCAUCUCAGCUCAUCUGGACAUCAUCUCGCAAUGCAAGGAAAUCUAAUUUCAGCCUCGAGGACUUCCAGCACAGCAAAGGCAAGGAACCCUACAGCUCUUCCAAAUAUGCCACUGACCUUUUGAGUGUGGCUUUGAACAGGAACUUCAACCAGCAGGGUCUCUAUUCCAAUGUGGCCUGUCCAGGUACAGCAUUGACCAAUUUGACAUAUGGAAUUCUGCCUCCGUUUAUAUGGACACUGUUGAUGCCGGCAAUAUUGCUGCUUCGCUUUUUUGCAAAUGCAUUCACUUUGACACCAUAUAAUGGAACAGAAGCUCUGGUAUGGCUUUUCCACCAAAAGCCUGAAUCUCUCAAUCCUCUGAUCAAAUAUCUGAGUGCCACCACUGGCUUUGGAAGAAAUUACAUUAUGACCCAGAAGAUGGACCUAGAUGAAGACACUGCUGAAAAAUUUUAUCAAAAGUUACUGGAACUGGAAAAGCACAUUAGGGUCACUAUUCAAAGAACAGAUAAUCAGGCCAGGCUCAGUGGCUCAUGCCUAUAAUUCCAGCACUUUGGGAGGCCAAGGCAGAAGGAUCACUUGAGACCAGGAGUUCGAGACCAGCCUGAGAAACAUAGUGAGCCCUUUUCUCUACAAAAAGAAAUAAAAAUAAUAGCUGGGUGUGGUGGCAUGCGCAUGUAGUCCCAACUACUCAGGAGGAUGAGGUGGGAGGAUCUCUUGAGGCUGGGAGGCAGAGGUUGCAGUGAGCUGAGAUUGUGCCACUGCACUCCAGCCUGGGUGACAGCGAGACCCUGUCUCAAAAUAUGUAUAUAUUUAAUAUAUAUAUAAAACCAGAGCUGACAAUGACACUCUGGAACAUUGCAUACCUUCUGUACAUUCUGGGGUACAUGGAUUUCUACUGAGUUGGAUAAUAUGCAUUUGUAAUAAACUAUGAACUAUGA